ACGUACAGUGAAAGCUGCCUGUCUGUCUCGUGGAGAAGCGGAGUCGUGGAGCUCGGAUGGGAUAGUCUACUCUCCCGAUGCUAGUGGAGUGAAGGUGUAUCUUUCGGAUAAUAUGCUACCGAUCCCUCUAGAAAAAAGACGUCGCCGAUUCAGUUGCAUCUGAAAUAGGCUACACCGGUGACGGAUAUCCAAGCGGAUUGCCUCGUGAUUCCAGUAUUGAUGGCAAGAAAAUAAUAUUCCCCAAAACAAGACGCGGCUUCUGUGGUCAACCUGUCUGCGAAUGCACCCUACAAAUUAAAACGCGCAUUUCAAUAUUUUACCCCACAUUCAUACAGCAAGUUUCAGCGAUCUUACCUCUUUUUUUUGGACCUUUGCAUUUUCCCCUUCAGCCAUGGACGAAGACAAUCAAGUACCUGAAGACCUUUCCUUGGAAGAGAGAGAUGAGCUGUCAAACAUACGACGUAGGAAAAAAGAGCUACUGGAUGACAUUGAGCGGUUGAAGUUUGAGAUUGCAGAGGUGAUGACUGAGAUCGAGCAGCUAACCUGCGUGGGAGAGAGUAAAACAACACAAAGAAAUAAACAGAUCGCCAUGGGAAGGAAGAAAUUCAACAUGGACCCCAAAAAGGGGAUCCAGUUUCUGUUGGAGAACGACCUUCUCCAGCACACUCCUGAGGACGUAUCCCAGUUCCUCUACAAAGGAGAGGGCCUCAACAAAACUGUCAUAGGGGACUACUUAGGAGAGAGGGACGACUUCAACCUCAAGGUGUUGCAGGCGUUCGUAGACCUUCAUGAGUUUGCAGAUCUCAACCUCGUACAGGCUUUACGACAGUUUCUGUGGAGUUUCAGACUGCCUGGUGAGGCUCAGAAGAUCGAUCGUAUGAUGGAGGCCUUCGCUUCGCGGUACUGCUCCUGCAACCCUGGUGUCUUCCAAUCCACAGACACAUGUUAUGUCCUGUCCUUCGCCAUCAUCAUGUUGAAUACCAGCCUCCACAACCCCAACGUCAGAGACAAACCCCCCGUAGAGAGAUUCAUCUCCAUGAACAGAGGCAUCAACGAGGGAGGAGACCUGCCAGAGGACCUACUCAGGAAUCUCUAUGAGAGCAUUAAGAGUGAACCCUUUAAGAUCCCAGAGGAUGAUGGGAACGACCUAACUCACACGUUCUUCAACCCAGACAGAGAGGGAUGGCUGCUCAAACUGGGGGGAAGAGUGAAGACCUGGAAGAGAAGGUGGUUCAUUCUGACAGACAACUGCCUGUACUACUUUGAGUACACAACAGAUAAGGAGCCUCGUGGGAUCAUCCCCUUAGAGAACCUCAGUAUCAGAGAGGUGGAGGAACCCAGGAAACCAAACUGCUUUGAGCUCUACAACCCCAACCACAAGGGUUCAGUGAUCAAGGCGUGUAAGACGGAGGCGGACGGCCGGGUCGUCGAGGGCAACCACACCGUGUACAGGAUAUCGGCGCCCACGACUGAGGAAAAGGAGGAGUGGAUCAAGUCCAUCAAGGCGAGCAUCAGCAGGGAUCCCUUCUAUGAUAUGUUGGCCACCAGGAAAAGACGGAUUGCCAACAAGAAGUGAGCAGGGACACCCCUCAUCCCAGGACACCCCUCAUCCCAGGACACCCCAAACUGGGACACCCCUCAUCCCAGGACACCCCUCAUCCCAGGACAUCCCAAACUGGGACACCCCAAACCCCCCUUCCUCAGCCCACCAAUCCUCUUCCCCAGACAGACCUUACUCAUGAAGUUAAACACCCCUUCCACACUCCUCCACCCUCACCCAUCCAUCCCUCCCUCCACUCCCACAGACAGACUCCACUCAUGAAGUUCCCUCCCUACUAUCCCUCUCCCCCUGGACCCCCAGAGCCCAACUUGUUUAGAGAGAUGAUGGCCAACCAAAGAUAGCCAUCUGACCCUGAUAGAACUCGCACCCAGUCUUGAAGACAACGACGACAGUCUCCGGUCUUGAAGACAACCCCCGUCCCCAUUCUGGAUACUUCCCCAGCCCUGGCUGCAGUACCAGGGGCUGGAGUUACAGGGACAUGACGUCCCAGGACUAAAGCAGAGCACCAACACAGGGAGACAUCCCUCUAUAGGACCAGUGUGGUUCAGCCACACUACAGAUUACCGAGUGAAGCCAGUGGGAUGUAUUAACACACAUUCUCUCUCUCUCUCUCUCUCUCUCUCUCUCUCUCUCUCUCUCUGUCUCUCUGUCUCUCUGUCUCUGUGUCUCUCUCAUCUCUUUACUCCCCCACACUGCCCUCCUGUGUUCCCCACAUUCGUUCUGAUUACGUCCAUGUGUUUCUAGCAGGGGUUGGAGCAGAAAUUAUUUCCCAAUUGUUCCAUUCCGAGCAGAAACCCUAUUUUUUUCAUUCCGUUCCAGUGUUCCGACCAGAAAAUACAGUUCUGAACCAGUUCCAACCAUCAAAAUGUAACAGCUUAUAUAUAUCCUUUUCAUAAAAUGUUUAACCUGUGAAAUCAACAUGCAUUUAGCAAAUUUUUGCUCCAACAAUUUUUACUCCACCAAUUAGUGCUGAUAGAGCAGCUUGCUAUGGAACGGGUUAGAUUGUUGUUUACAUUUCUAUUUGGUCACAUAAGUGCAGGUGUGAGAUGCGACUUAUUUAAAUGUAAAUGUAAUGGGUGGGGCAAGAGUGAGAGAGAGGGGUGGACAUGGAGGGGGCUUGAAGAUCUAAACAUCAUUAGAGGUCUUGAAUUAGAAUGAGUGUAGGGUAUUACUAGCCUUAUACACCGAAUUACAGAAUAUUAUAUACUAGAAUUUAUAUUUAUUUAUUUUUGGAACUCAAAAGAACAUUGGUUCUCAAGAUUUGAAAACAGUUAAGGGUUAUGUUAUGUUCUGGAACACUAGGGAUCACUUUUGUACAUGGUUCUGUUUCUGUCCCUCAAAACGUGUAUUUAUUUUUCUGUUCUGUUCCCUGAACUGGUUCCAACCCCUGCUUUCUAGGUCUUCUGCAUUUGGGCGACUUGAAAAGCAAAACUGCAAUUUUUCACAUACACAUGCAUGUAUGUCUGUUUAGAGAUAUACCAUAAAGUGCAUUUAGAAGUGGGUGUGCUAACUUGUGUGUGUAUCUACACAGUAUAUAUGCAUGUAUGUAUGUAAACACAGUAGUGCGCAAGCCAAGAGCAGACAUUAAACACAACGACUGUCUUAA